UACACCAAUCCUUUCUCUUUCUCUGCAGACCCAUUUAGAGCCUCUCUCCAACUCUCAUGGGUUCUCUUCAGGUUUUCAUUUCUACAGCAGCAUUACUAGUUCUGGUUUUGGCAGCCAUUGAUGGAGCUCAAGCAAAUACCGUGGUCAGUGGCACAGUCUUCUGUGACCAAUGCAAAGAUGGUGAAAGGUCCCUCUUUGAUUAUCCAAUCUAUGGAAUUAAAGUACAAGUGGCAUGUAGUGACAGUAAUGGCCAAGUAACAUUGUCAAGGGAGGAGACUACCAACUGGUUUGGGAACUAUGCUAUGCAAUUUGACGGGACACCAGAUUUGAGCGGCUGUUAUGCCAAGGUUUUAAGCUCAGGGCAAGGCUCAUGUGGGAUUCCUGCUGGCCCUGCUCAGAGUCUUAAACUUGUGUUUACGAUGUUUGGCAUGGGAAUGUAUGCUGUGGACUCUUUGCUCACUCAGCCUGCUCAGCCUAUGUCAUUUUGCCCAAAGUCAUCUAAUCCUGUGCCUGCUCCUGUAACACCGGCACCGCCUAGACAAGUAACGCCAGCCAGUCCUCCACCUUUCAGGCUUCCCCCAAUUGCUCCAUUGCCGCCGAUGCCUCACUUGCCACCAUUGCCUCCACUGCCACCGCUACCACCAAUGCCACCAGUGCCCUUCUUGGAACUCACAGCAUGCCCACAUCAGAGUUGGACAAGGCCAGAGUACAAAUGCUACUGGAGGGCAGUGAAUCCAGACACAAAGGUAGCUGUUGUUUUCGGAUUGCUUGCAGCAAGAAGAUAUGGGACUGACCUAACAUUGUGGCACGGCCUACAGGGAAGAGGAGACCCUUAUAGGACUCUCCUAAGGGAAGGCAUCACUGCCUUUCUCAACUCCUACAACAGUCUUCAAUUUCCUUACAAUACCAUUGCUGUUGUGCAGCAUAUGAAUUCGGGAUUGAUGGGUUCCGAGAGGAAUGUCCUCUAUACAGCCUUGAGGUUCAUCAGGGCUAAUUCAGGCUAUGGCAAAGUCACCUGCAAAUUUACUUCUUGCAAGUGAUCAUAUAUGUUUGUUUGUCAUUCUUAGUAGGCUAUAUUUACAUGAGACUAUACUUAUCGAUGUCUAGUAAAAUAACAUUUUCAUACAGCUUCUAUUUAAUUUGAAUUUAUGAUAUGUUAAAUCGAAUCUUAUUUAUAAAAUAGUAGUUUGAUCUAUCAAAAUAUGAGUUCCUAUUUAUCUUAAUAUAUAUAAUAAAGAAAUAUGAGUUCUUAAUGCCUAUUUAUAGAAA